GCGGCGGAGGCGGCGGUGGCGGCAGCGCCUGUCCCUGCCUCUCCGCCAUCUCCACCCCGGCCUAUUCCCCGGCCGGCGGCGUUGGCGGGGAGGGGGAACAGUAGUUGUAGACGCCCGCCCCUGCCUCAGAGAAGGUACCACAUUGAAUGAACAAAUAUUGAACUUUCCCGGUUCCCCUUAUAAAAGGAGUAUGGGGAGUAGGGAUAUAGUUUUAAUUGCAAAGCAUUUCACAUUAUGAGCUUCCUGGUUGUUGCACAGUCUCUCCAUGUGGGGAAAGUUCAUGCUAGAAAACUGAAGCAAUUAAUAGGUGACUAUGAUCAGAUUUCUUCACCAAGUUCUCAGCCUGAGAAGGAGAAUCCCUUGGUAUCAACCUAAUGAAGCAUUCAAAGAAGACAUAUGAUUCUUUUCAAGAUGAACUUGAAGAUUAUAUCAAAGUGCAGAAAGCCAGAGGCUUAGAGCCAAAGACUUGUUUCAGAAAGAUGAGAGACAACUGUUUGGAAACCUGUGGAUACAGAGAAGAGGCUGAUUACCGACCAAGGUAUAGAAUGUUUGAUCAAAGACUCUCUUCUGAAACCAGGCAGACCUACCCAAGAUCAUGCCCUAGUUCACAAAAAGUGGAAAACCGCUUACCUCAGUGGCUACCAGCUCAUGACAGCAGGCUAAGACUAGACUCCCUGAGCUACUGUCAAUUCACAAGGGACUAUUUCUCCGAGAAACCAGGACCCCUGAACCUUAGUCAGCGAGAGUAUAACUAUAACUCAUACAGUGUAGAAUCUGGAGUUCACAGUCGCCUCUCCUCAGCAAACAGUGCCAGUGGCCAUCCAGCCCAUCGUAAACAACUACAUCAGAAGGGAAAAAGACACCUGGAAGAAGGCAGAGAAAAACCAGAGGAGGAGCGGCCCAAGCAUAAGAGAAAAAAAGGUUGCGAGGAAAUAGAUUUAGAUAAACAGAAGAACUUCCAAACCAGCAAAACACAGAUGGAAGCAGACAGGAUCAGUACAGGAAAGCUUAAGAAUCGAAAGGAGAAAAAAAGCCGAGAUGGAGCCUCUAAGAAAGAGGAACGGAAGCGUAGAAAAGAGAAAAAGGAACAAGGUAAAGAGAGGACAGAGGAGGAGAUGCUUUGGGACCAGUCUAUCCUCGGAUUUUGAAGCUCUUGGGUUGGUUCUCCUGAGGUUAAAUUGAAAAAAAUAGCUGAGGGGCCUGGUUUUCUGAUGUUCAUGUUCUUACCAGUUUUUUUUUUUAUGUGAACAGGUACUUUAACUUCUAACAACAGGCAGUGAACAGGAAGUAUUUAAUAGGCUUACUCUCCAUCACGGAAACUACUUUUCCUCAUUUUCUAAAUGCAUCCUUACAUUUUUCGUGUAUAAGGUAUAAUUUCCCUUAAUGAGAGUGGCUCUGCUUUUACUCAUCAAAUUGCUAUGAUAGUAGAAGUAUUUUUCCCUUGGGAGGUCAUUUAUUUUAAAUUGGAGUGUAUUAAUAGGCUUUGGAAAAUCUGUUUCUUGAUUGGGUUUGUUUUAGUUUUGGAUGAGGUAUAUUUAUAUUCAUUAGUUUUCUCUAUGAUACAAUUUAGACUGAUUUUUUUUUCCCUUUUUGAUUUAACUUGCAGUGUAUUUUCUAGAUUGGAAAGUGGAGAAUGGAAUUCAUUAUAAUAAUAAUAAGCUAAAGUUACAUAUAGUUUUUAAAGUUUCAAAGAGUCUUUAUGCAAAAUCAGUUUAUAUUCUGGAAAUAUUUAUAAUAAAGUAUUCUAAUUUCUGCA